AUGAUUGGUACAAGAAUCGGGGAAGAUCACGUUAACUAUGUUCUUAUGUACAAUAUGUUGACGGGUAUUCGAGUGGGCGUAUCCCGAUGUAAUGCAAAAAUGCAUAGAGAACUAGUUGAUUCUGAUUUCAAGGCUGCACAUAAAUUUUCAUUUGAUAUAACGGGAAAUGAACUUACACCUUCAGCUAAAUAUGACUUUAAAUUCAAAGAUUAUGCUCCAUGGGUUUUCCGUCGUCUUCGUGAAUUUUUUCACAUUGAUGCUGCGGAUUAUCUUGUUUCUUUAACGAGUAAAUAUAUUUUGUCAGAGUUGGGUUCACCGGGUAAAAGUGGAAGCUUCUUUUAUUUUUCUCGAGAUUAUCGUUUUAUUAUAAAAACGAUACAUCAUACCGAACAUAAAUUUUUGCGUAAGAUUUUGAAGGAAUAUUACGAGCACAUAAGAAACAACCCAGAUACAUUACUUUCCCGCUUUUAUGGACUUCAUAGAGUGAAAUUACCACGCGGACAAAAAAUUCACUUUGUAAUAAUGAAUAAUAUAUUUCCUCCGCAUCGAGAUAUUCAUGAAACUUAUGAUUUGAAGGGGUCAACAGUGGGACGUGAAUAUAAUGAAGCUGAUGCGGCAAAGAAUCCGCGCGCCGUUCUUAAAGAUUUGAAUUGGAUUAAACGAGGGCGACAUCUGGAACUUGGCCCCGAGAAACGUAAACUUUUCGUCGAACAGCUUGAGAAAGACGUCGCAUUGCUUCAACGUCUGAAUAUUAUGGAUUAUAGCCUUUUAGUAGGUUUGCAUGAUACCUCUCGUGGUAAUAAAGACAAAGUUCGAGAAGAUUUCUUUGUAUUUCAGCCAAAUACCACGAAAAUUGAGCGUAUUCCAUCAAGUCAUAAGCGGGAAAGUAAAGCUUCAAAAUUACGUAAGGCUGUAGGAGAAACUGAGCCAUCGAAGCUAGGUCCUUCAACUACUAAGCUUGUGCUAAAUCCUCAUAAUGAACGCCGUAAGUGUAGAUUUUACAUGGACGAUGGUGGUUUUUCUGGAACAGAUGAACAUGACAAUCCCACCAAUUAUAUUUAUUACUUGGGAGUUAUCGAUAUUUUGACACCAUAUAAUACGGUUAAGAAAGUUGAACAUGCAUGGAAAUCAUUAAAAGACGACAAGCUGUACAUAUCUGCUGUACAUCCACAAUGGUACGGAAAACGCUUUUUUGACUUUAUGUUUAAGACCAUAAAGUAUAAUGAUGGUUCAACAGAACAAACCAAACCAGAAAAUACUGAAGUUUAA